AUGCAUUCUCGUGACGAGGAGACACCUCUGCUGCAGUCCGCAUGUCAUGGAAAGAAGAAAUCGACUCCUCUGCCAUGGUUCCAGUUUUCCCUUACAUUAUUCCUACAGCUCGUGGAGCCUUUGACCGCACAAGUCAUCUACCCGUUCAUGCCAGAGCUUAUACGCGACCUGGGUGUGACUGGUGGAAAUGAAUCACAAGUUGGCUAUUAUGUUGGCGUUGUCGAAUCGAUAUUCUUUCUGACGCAAGCAUGCACCGUUCUCCACUGGAGCUCAAUCUCCGAUCGAGUUGGGCGGAAACCUGUGAUUCUGACAGGUCUCUUUGGUUUGUCGGUGUCCAUGUACUGCUUCGGACUUUCGCGAACAUUUUUGGGACUUGUUGUGAGCCGAAGUCUAAAUGGAGCCUUGAAUGGAAACAUUGGAGUUAUGAAGAGCGUGGUAUCUGAUAUGACCGAUGACACGAACAUCUCUAAAGCAUAUGCCUACAUUCCCAUUGCAUGGUCGACCGGUGCGACGCUUGGUCCCAUCAUUGGCGGCUCGCUUUCACGACCGGCCGAAAGAUUUCCUCAACUUUUUGGCAACAACGACUUUCUGCAACAAUAUCCUUAUUUCUUGCCCUGCGCGAUUCCAGCGACCUUUUCCGCCGUGGCUUGGCUUCUCGCGUUACUCUUCUUGAAGGAAACCUUGCCUGCACCCAUUUGCCCUGCUUCAUAUUUCAAUCUUCGCAAGAGCACUGCACCCCAAAACGUUGCUGGCUCUCAGGAUCCAUCUGUUACAGAGACCUCCAUCGCCACCGUGCAAAGCCACAAUGAGAAACCCUUACCGUUCAGGGCUCUUCUGACCCGAAGAGUAAUGUUAGCAGCAGCAAAUUACGCUUCCCUCUCCCUUGUGGACAUUGCCUUUCGAGCCAUCCAACCGCUCUUUCUCGCCACUCCCAUACACCUCGGUGGUCUAGGCUUGCCCCCAUCCACCAUCGGCAAAAUUUUGUCUGUAUUUGGCGUUCUGAAUGGACUGUUUCAAAUGUUUUUCUUCGCUGGUAUCCAUGAUCGAUGGGGUUCCAAGAAGGUCUUCACCGCGGGCGUUGCCUCAGCAAUUCCUGCAUUCGCAUGCUUUCCCGUGAUCAACUACUUGGCUCGUGUAUCGGGAUACAGCAAUAUGUUAUGGGCUUUAGUUGGAUUCCAAACCGUGGUUUCGAUAGGCCUGGGCAUGUCAUACGGGGCCAUCUUCAUAUUCAUUUCGGCGGCGUCGCCUAACAGAGCAUCUCUUGGUGCAACGAACGGCAUAAGCCAGACAACCGUUAGCCUUAUGCGAGCGAUCGGACCAGCUUUGGCCAACUCUCUCUUCUCGCUCUCGAUGGAGAAGGGAUAUCUUGGGGGUAAUCUUGUCUAUUAUCUGCUUCUUAUCGUUGUGGGCAUAGCAUUGGGUGUCGCUUCACUGCUCCCCUCCCAUAUGCGGAUGACAUAA